ACGCCAGCAGCGGGGCGGAAAUUCAGCAGCAUUAUCCACGGGAUUCUUUCGCUUAGGACUUUAAUAUCACAGUUCAGACUCAGGGAAAGAGAGACGAUUCGUUAAAACUGCACAAAGGCAUGUGAUGUCUCAGAUGUAGCGCUCGUCCUUCAGUCCUGGUGGUCAUGACGGAGACUGUGAACGGUGUGGCGCCCCGCGGGCCGUACAUCAGCGCCGUCACCAGCCGCGUGCUGAACCUGCUGAUGCGUUCCGCGCUGCUCUUCAUGGUGGGAGUGUUCCUCGCGCUCGUGCUGAACCUGCUGCAGGUGCAGCGCAACGUCACGCUCUUCCCUCCAGACGUCAUCAGCAGCAUCUUCUCCUCCGCCUGGUGGGUUCCUCCCUGCUGUGGGACGGCUGCAGCGCUGAUAGGUUUGCUGUACCCCUGUAUAGACCGGCGUCUCGGGGAGCCGCAUAACCUCAAGAGGGAGUGGUCGAAUGUCAUGCGCUGUGUGGCCGUGUUCGUGGGCAUAAAUCAUGCCAGCGCUAAGGUGGACUUCGUGAAUAACGUGCAGCUGUCUCUGACGCUGGCCGCCCUGUCCGUGGGCCUGUGGUGGACCUUCGACCGCUCGCGCAGCGGCUUCGGGCUCGGCGUCGCCAUCGCCACACUCGCCACUCUCGCCACUCAGCUGCUGGUCUACAACGGCGUCUUUCAAUACACCUCUCCGGACUUCCUCUACAUCCGCUCCUGGCUGCCCUGUAUCUUCUUCGCAGGAGUGAUAACGGUGGGGAACAUCGGACGACAGCUCGCUCUGUACGAGUACAAAGUCAGUCAGGAAAAGACUCAUCAGGAUUGAGGAGAAUCCUCCACACACACACACACACACACACAGCGAGGCGUCACUCUGUGUGUGUGUGUGUGAGGACCGACAGUGUUACGAUGAUCCUCCAUUCACCUCAGCAUCUACAAAUGUGUGUGUAACAGGAAUAUAUGAAGUCUCACACACCGUAUGGUCCAGCGCUGAGAUGCGGAGAAGUGCCAAACGGACUCUGAUUGGCCGAGCCGCAGGACUGUCCUCAUGACUGCAGGUGUGAGAGAAUAUUCAGACCCAUUACAUGUAGAGACAAAGCGCAGUCAAUCCGAGAAUAUGAGUAUGUGACGAGACGCCACCAUCGGGUCUCAUUCGUCAGAACCCAAACGAGUAAUAUGAGUUAUUAUGAGGGGGAAUCUCUCGCACACCCGAGGGCGCCGGCUCGUAUCCAGCACUAGUGGGCGUCAGAGCAUCACCACAUCCAGUCGGGACGGGGACUCACUGUUCAACAACUUCCUCAUGCUACACCCAAACAUCUCCUGAAAGACACAUCAUCCUACAUCAGAAAUCACCAUUUCACAAGAUGUAAACAACACUGGUCCAGAAGCACUUCCUGUUUCAGUUUGUAACUGUUUUCUUUAUUUCAC